GUCGUUUAUUUGUUAGUGGUCCCUUGUCGAAGAGUGAGCCCAGCUCUUGCAUGUGGCUGGGGUUGGGAAGCGCAUGUGAAGACGCCGAGAUCCUUGCUUCAUGGCUUCAUGCCGAGGAGUCUACAGGAGUCCGGGGAAAACAAUCGUCGUAAAGUAGCAGUACAACCACCCAACACAACCACAACUCUCUCACUACGAGUCGGAUACUCAACAUCACUGUCGCCCAGGAAUUCGCAUCAUGAAAACUCGGGUGAAUUAAGAUCAACUCAACGCCCAUGAAGUCCCCAAGCUGUGUUCGGUCUGCAUCCGCCACCUAAAGCUUCCCCCCCACACUCCGCAUUCCCCAGAACUCCCCUCUCAACCUCCGAAUAUCUUCAAUUCAUACGGCUGCCACGAUGGCUGCCCAAUCGAAACUGAAUAUUCUCCCUCCCGACCGAACCCUUACGAGCAUAAUCUCCCAGCUCACAACCCUGUAUCUCAAGCAUCGUACGAACAUCUCUCGAACUGUCUACUUGACCCUCUUUUUCGCCCUCAUCAAUCGCAUACGGUCUGCAAUAUCAGAACAAAAGGCGGCAGCAGAGCAGCAGAAGUCGUUGCGCAAGCGGGCAUCGACUACACUUGGCAAUGGGGAGGCACCGAAGAGGCAGAAGGUUGAGCUGAACCGGGAAUUCUUCAAGAACCUCUUCCGGCUACUGAAAAUAUGUAUUCCGGGAUGGAGGAGCAAGGAGAUGAGGCUGCUCAUAACGCAUAGCAUAUUUCUCGUGAUCAGGACUCUGAUUAGUUUGAAGGUAGCUGCUAUGGAUGGAGCGCUGGUUUCGAGUCUGGUUCGAGGCAAAGGGCGCGAUUUUCUGAUUGGGAUUGUAUGGUGGAUGUUAAUCGCAAUACCGGCAACUUUUACAAACUCCAUGGUACGCCACAUGUCUUUAUACAACUUUUAUCCGUAAUCCGGAAAUACUAAAAAUAUCUAGCUCUCCUAUCAUCAGUGCAAACUAUCUCUGCAAUACCGCACGAAACUCACCAAUUACAUACACGAUAAAUACCUUUCAACCAUGACCUUCUACUCUCUCUCAGCCUUGGAUGAUCGAAUAAAAAAUGCGGAUCAACUGAUUACUGUUGAUGUUUCUAAAUUUGCGAAUAGUCUGGCUGAAUUAUAUGGAAACCUGGCUAAACCUACACUGGAUAUGCUGAUUUACAACUAUUCGCUAUCAAAAAGUGUAGGCGGGGAAGGUAAAUUUUGAUGUCACUUUGUACUCGCGACUUGCAACUGACAACUCUUUGCAGGACUUUUUUUCAUGUCAUUGCUCGUGCAAAUCUCUGCCAAUGUUAUGCGUGCUUUGACGCCUCCUUUUGGAAAGUAUGUGGCAGAUGAAGCACGACUAGAGGGCGAGUUUCGUUUCGAGCAUUCUAGAGUAAUAGACUACAGUGAGGAAAUUGCACUGUAUCAGGGACACGAGGCAGAAAAAGACACAUUAGAUAAGGGUUAUUUCACUCUUAUCAAACAUGUUAAUUGUAUAUUUACACAAGUUCAUCUCUGUGGGCGCCUUGCUGAUAGUGUAUCUAGAUAUUCUAAGGAGACGUUUUACUCACGGUAUUAUGGAGGUAUGUUUCCCUCCUCAAUUUCUCUGAAAUAUACUUAUCAAAACUAGGAUUUCAUUAUCAAGUAUGUCUGGGGCGCACUAGGUCUUAUUCUCUGCAGUGUACCAGUCUUCUUCAAAAUUCCGGGGGCAUCGGUGGCAACGAUGGGUGAUAGGACCGAAAGCUUCGUCACGAAUCGACGAAUGUUGCUGUCAAGUUCCGAUGCUUUCGGACGAGUCAUGUUCUCAUAUAAGGAGAUCACCGAAUUAGCAGGUUACACGUCACGAGUAGCGACUCUACUCAAUGUGAUGGAUGACAUCAAAGCUGGAAGAUUCCAAAAGACUUUGGUUCAAGAUGAUGAAUCAGGCGAGCAGCUGGAACUCAUGAAGGGACGCGGUACCGUCAUUGAGAGUGAAGAUAUAGAAUUUGUUGAUGUGUAAGUGGAUUGGUUCAGAGAGGGGAUUUGACUAACUUCUGUAGGCCAAUUGUCACGCCGGGUGGAAGUAUCCUUGUAAAAUCUCUUUCUUUCUCUAUGAAACGUGGAGACCAUGUUUUGGUUGUCGGACCUAAUGGUUGCGGGAAAUCCUCAUUAUUCCGAAUUUUAGGUGGUCUCUGGCCAGUUUAUGGAGGAACGGUGCGGAAGCCAUCUCUAUCCCAAGUAUUCUACGUGCCCCAGCGACCGUAUCUCAGUUCGGGCUCUCUUCGUCAGCAGAUUAUCUACCCAGACUCUCUGAGGACGAUGCGAGCCAAGGGAAUCACAGACGCGGAUCUACUCGAAAUACUUCGAAUUCUCGACCUCGACCAUCUUGUAAAUUCGUUUCCUGAAGGCUGGGAUGCAGAAGCAGAAUGGCGAGAUGUUCUUUCAGGCGGUCUGCAACAACGAGUAGCUAUGGCUCGGCUCUUUUAUAAUCGCCCAAAGUAUGCGAUUCUUGAUGAAUGCACAUCUAGUGUUACGCUUGAGAUGGAGAAGGUCAUGUAUGACCACGCGAAAGCGCUCAAUAUCACACUCAUGACAGUCAGCCAUCGACGCAGUUUGUGGAAAUAUCAUAGCAUGAUAUUGCAAUUCGAUGGGCAAGGAAAAUAUAUCUUUACCAAGUUGGAUGCCGAUAAAAGGUUGAAGUUGGAGGAUGAAAAGGAAGAAUUGGAACUUCAACUAAGACAAGUUCCGGAGAUUGAGAGAAGAGUUGCGGAACUAACAGCUGCGUGAUCCUUUGCAAACUUGCAUAGACUAAUAAAAUACAACUG